UUGCAGUGGUGAGGGUGGGAGGAGGAGGGUGGGUAGGUGCGGUGCCUUUUGGCAGACAGAAGACCCUCUGGUAGAGUUGGGAAAAGCGUGGGGUCUGGGCUCAGAGAUGUGUCCUCCAUCGUCUUGUGGGUGUGGGAAGCUGGGGUCCCUGAGCGGGAGGGAGCGCAGAGCCCUCGAGUGCUGCGGGGUCGGUGGUCCCCAGGUGGGCUGGGCUCCUGGCAAGCCUGCUCCAGCAGUGUGCAUUGGCUCUAGCGUGGUGCUUCUGGCACUUUCGGGUGCUGGGCUGCGGCACUUUUGGGCGCUGCUGUUGGGAUCUCUUUCUUGUGUCUUGCCCUCGGAGGGAACAAGCAUUUCUUGCUGCUGUUGCAGCUUUUCCCGGGCGGCCACCUGGCCCGCUGGCUUUGGGCCAGUUAGGGUGGCUUGGGGGGUGCCGAAGUUUGGCAUCUCUCGAGGGCUGGUGUCUUUGGGUGGCAGAGGUGCGCCCAUCAGCACGAGGUGUAGGUGGCUCUGUUCUCGUUCUUGACCUGUUUCAGUAGCUGUAGGACUUCGGUGUUCCAUGGGCAGCUUUCAGGGAGCUCUGGUGGAGCAUCAUUGGCAGUCAUUACUGUCUGCCGUAGUUCCAGUCCUUCUGUAGCAUCGUGUGUUUUAAGAGGCUCCUUUGAAAAUGAAUGCAGGUUCCAGCCUUGGCAUUGUAGUGACAAAGAGAGAGUGUGCUUUGAUCGCUGCGAGCCUGCCCAUGCUCGAGCAAGUAGCUUGAAUGUUCUCUAAUAUUUUAAUUUAGCUUUAAGUGACCUGAAAUUGAGGCUUCUUCCCCUUUCUUUGUUGGUAGCUUUUGUAUAGACUGCAGAGGCUUAAAAUUGCUGCGAACUUAUUGUCCCUCUUGGGGUUAAUCGUAGGCUUGUUUUAAAUGUAAAAUGUUUUCAAGUUAUGCAAAACUGUUUUUAGCUUUCCAAUGAAACUGUAACGAGUCCCUAAUUGGAUAUUAGAAACUCAGUAUGUGUUCUUACUGGAAAUACCUUCACUGCAUACUCCUUUGUGUUGCUUCAUUCACCCAGGUUUGAUUUCCAUCGCUGCUGUGUUUGUGGGUGACACUGAGGGGAAACUGGGCAAUUUGAUAUAAGCUCGUUCAUUGAUGCCAGUAGUGGAAGCCCAGGUGGGUCUGCAGUGCCCCACCACCUGCCAGUUCAUUGUCAGUCAUUAGGGUACUGGCUGCUGAGCUGACUGGUAGAGCGGGCUCUGUCGGGAUGCUUCGGGGGAAAAUUUGUGUGUUUAUGUGGGAAAAACUCCCUUGCGCUUCAGGUUUAACAUGGAAAACUAGGACUGGGGAGGAGGGAGAGAUUAGUUGUGUAGCAUUUGCCGUUUUCUUUUUAAAGGGAAAAAUACUCUUUUAGCUACAGCUGGUCUUGCUGGGAGGAAAGCCUUCCUGAUAUUGAGUAGUAUUUUUCUUGUUUCAGCGUAUGUCCUGUUAUUCCUAGGGCUCUGUGGGAAGAACAGUGGUAAGUUCCCGUCCCUUGAGAGGGGGAAGUGUUCCACAUCACCCGUUCCCAGGCUGCUACAGGACCAUUCAUCCUUCUGCACUUUCUGAAGUCCCUCUGACAUUCUGUGGCUGUUUCCCAGUUUCCUUCGUACUUAGAGGAAGGGUUUCUUUAACUUCAUGUCCCUGCUUGUCGUUCCAGCCUCUCCUUCAAAUAUUAACACCACUGUCGCUCUGCUGGGGUUAGCACCCUUCAUAUAUUUGUGCAAGACAGCCAUGUCCUCUGUUCAGCCAAGGGCUGUGUCCACAGUUCUCAUACAUCUCGUGCUGCAGCCAGCUGUUUCUCUGGCUCUGCCCCAGCCUCGGAGGCCCAGGUCACACAGGAAAACAGAAAAAACUUUAGUAUUUAGAUUCCAGAUUUCCUGAGUCUGUCCCGCACCUUGAUCACAAGAACCUUUUUUUUCCUCUUAUAUUAAACUACAUGUAUGAAAGCAGCCUGAAUCAGCGCUUCCCCCGGGGCUCUUCCCAUCCCCAACACCAGUAACGGGUUUCUCUUCCAUUUCGGGGGUGCAGCUCUGAGUUACCCUGCCAAUGUCCGAUCUCGAGCUAGUUUGCUGCUGUUGCUCCGGGGCAGACAAGUGGCAGCCUCUGCUCCUGAGCCAGGACUGAAGCUGAGCUGUGUGCAGGGUUCUGUGGUCAGGCACGUACCAGAUUUCCACUCUCCUGGAGACUUGGAAGUGUGCUGCUGCAUUUCCCAGUCUGAGGGAAGUGCUCAGGGCUUGCCUGGUUCUGCAGAGAUGCAGCCUGUAGAUAGAUAGCUCCCUCAUUGGUAAAAUCCAGUGGACCUUGGCUAAAAAGGAGAAAAAAUACAAUAAAUGGAGUGGAUGUAGUUCGUGCUAGAGAAGAGCACGGCACAGUGUCUGUUCUGGGUCAGAGCAAAAGCCCAUCUUGGCCAGGAGCCUGUCUUAACAGUGGUCAGUAGUGGCUACAGAGGAGAAGAAUAUUAGGAAAAGGUGAAAUAUGGUGAUGUUUCCUCUAAUGUAACCUCCCAGAUUCUUGCAGUGAGUUGCUGGAGACUUCCGAAGCUGGAGGUGGUACUUCCCUCUGUGGUUAAAAGCAGCACUUGACAGAUUUUCUCAAAGGGAAAAAUUUUGGUUUAAUACUUACUACAGAGGGACCACAAGAGUCCUAGUCUUGUGAGCCUGAGCAGAGUAGGGAGCGUGCACAGUCCUUGUAGAGGAAGGAGGGAGAUUUGACAGAAGGGGUGUUUUUAGCCUGGGGGUUUCUUUGUCCCACAGCUGUUGGAUUUGUUGGAUGUGAACAGGAGACCCCACAUGCUCCAAAACCAUCUUCGCUGCCGGGGGCUGCAGCAGCGAUGCCUCCCACCCCUCCUUUGUUUUGUUUAUGGAUCAGUGCAGGGGGAGUACCGUGAUCCUCCUCCCAAAGUGGUCGGCUUUGGUCAUACUGCGGUCAGUAGAGAAGGACAGAGUGACCUGAUCUGGGACAAACUGUCUGUUUCUGACCAGCCAACACAUCACUAUCUGCUCUUUCCAGCCCUCUUUGGUGUUGCCUUGCAUUCCUCUCUUCUGGUGAUCACUGUGGUUUGGCCUGUCCUUCUCCAGAGUGGAGGUUUUCAUGCAGUGCUUUGGGAAGCUUCGCCUGACAGGUUGUGCAGAUGCAAAAGUAUUUACAAUGUGUGGGAAGGCUGAGAGAGGCUGGAGUUCGGGUUCCUCCUGCUGCACUGGCUCAGCCGCAUGGGUGCAGGGCUAGCUGAGCUGAUGCUAGUCUCAGUUUUUCAUAAUUUCAUUGUGUUCGACUAGUUUUGGUUGUGUUUGACUUGGGUUUUCUUCAAAUAAUGCAGGUUUUGGCAUCUAAUGUCCUUGAUCUCUCCUAGAGCUGACAGAGUUGAAGGGAGCGGGAAGACACUCGUGCCUUUUUGUAACUUUCUCAGAGACUUAGGAAGUGACGAACAGGUUUUAACUUCCCUUUUGUGCUGGCCGUCUGGAGUAACGUGGAGUAGGUCUGUUGACUGCAGUGUGCUUCUCCAAUGGAUAAUUUAACCUUUGCUUUGCAUGAGAAAUAUAAUUGUGCUUUGACAAAACUCUGUAGCUUUUCAGAGUGGUGUUGUGGAGCUCCUGGAGCAGUGGCAGGGUUUUCCCAUCUGGCGGGGAGUGCCUCUCCCCGUUUGCCUGGCAGGUGUGGUUAUCUUUCUGUUUGCUCACCGUGGGCAGUUUGUAGCUGUGGUGGUCAGUGAGUGUCUGGGGUUGCUCUGGUUGAGUUCUUGGUUGUUCCUGUGAUAAAGUCCUAGUUUCUAGCUAAGUUUUUGUUGUUCAUCCCUGUCGUAUGUCUUUUAAAGUUCAUUCCUUUGAAUGCGAUUGCUGUAUCCUUGAAGACCACCUGCUUCAUUCUGUGAGAUGUUCUGGUCUUCCUCUAUCUGAAUGUGCCACCCCCUGUUCAGUGCCAUGCUCUGCCUUUUUGGUGUGUGUCUGUGGUUUUCAAACUUUUCUGCCUGGUUCCUAAAGCAAAGUUUCAGCGCAGGUACUGGCAUCAAGAUAACUGAUGUGAAGCUUGCAUUUCUUACUUGCCUUUCAUAGAAUAGUUAGGAGUCAUCUGCAGCAGUGCAGGAAACAAGGGAUCAGAGGAUAUGUUCAUUAAUACAAGGAUUCCGAAAAAUUCAGCCCCCAUAUUGACCUAUCAAGAACUUUCUGAGCAGGUUCCUCUUCACCCUCUUAAAAACUUUCUGAUGACAUUGGGUUUUCCCUUCAGGUAGUUCAUUGCCUUUGUUAUGGUCACUGCAGUCAGGUGCUAAAAUAGGAUGCAAACAGUCAUAAAAAUUCAUGGUGCGACCCCUGUUUUGGAGACGGCCGCAUGUGUUGGUGUCCCAGGGGGGGACGGCUGGGCGCAGGGUCCCAGGCUGCUGGUGGGUGCUGGUGUCUUGCAGCUGUGGAGGAAGCUGCAGCACGAGGUGGCUGGGCAUGGUGGCUUGCCAAAGCCCCUCCGUUAGCCUUGCUUGCCAUUUCACAGGCAGCAAUUAACGCUGCAGACAGCUCUGAGAAGAGGGGCUGAUGACUUCAAUUAGACAUCUAUUCAGAUCAAUCAGGGAAAGAACAAUUAUUGAUUUUAAAAAAUGCCCCACGAUUAACUGUUUGGUCUCCAUGCCUCCCAUCUGCCUGCGCUGUGGUUGCGUGCACACCUUUACCGGGUGGUGCCGGGGUGCCGUACACGGCCAGGGGGUGUUGGGGAGAGAACCUGCAUCAUGGUGUUAUUUUCCCUCAAACUUUGCCAUGGAGGGAUGCGGUGUCAGGGCAGGCGGGAAGAGCAAGGUAUGGCUGAUGGGGACAAACCUUGGCAAUUGGCAAGGGGGGCGGGAGGCACGCCGAGCGCUCCUGUGGUGGUGUCCAGACGUGUCUUGGUCGGCUCCAGGCUGGAGGAAAUUAGGGUGGCCCCUGCCCAGCACCCAGCAGCGGGUGCUGCCUGCACAGCAGGACAGGCAGGAGGAGGCUUUGUCCUUCCCGGUGCCCCGGCGCGGGUGGGCGAGCGGCGGCUGUGCCAGCGGCCGUGCCGGGGCCUUACCGUGGCUGAGCCGAGGCUGGCUGCCUUUCCUCCUGCGGCUCUACCAGGAGCCGGGUAGCGUUAGGACCCAGCGAGCUGGCAGCGCCGGUGACAAGUCUGGAGCAGCACUAGCGCAGAGUAGUCUCCAUCAGCUGGGCUGGAUUUUUGUAUAUCCCUGUAUUAAAGAAUCCUCUGCCAGAGAAGGGCUUUUUCCCCUUUCUGUGCGACCCAGCAGAGCCUCGCCAGGGGGACACAGCGAUGGUUAGAUCGGCUGAAACGUGAAAAACCUCUGCUGACUUACCGCUGGCCAUGAACUGAGACCAUUAUCUAAAAAUAAUUAAUCUUUAAAAUAAAGAGAGAAGCCAACGGCAGCAUGGCCCAGAGCAAGAGACACACAUACAGCCGGGCAUCCAGCACUGGCACCAGGAUGAGCGUGGAAGCAAGCAGCAAGCCCCUGAAGGUGGGCUCCAGAGUUGAAGUCAUCGGGAAAGGGCACCGCGGUACCGUGGCUUAUGUCGGUGCCACUCUGUUUGCCACGGGAAAGUGGGUUGGUGUCAUCCUGGAUGAAGCAAAGGGCAAGAACGAUGGGACUGUGCAGGGCAGGAAAUAUUUCACCUGUGAAGAAAACCACGGCAUCUUUGUGCGGCAGUCACAGAUCCAGGUCUUUGAAGAUGGAGCUGAUACAACAUCCCCAGAAACACCAGAAUCUGCUGCCUUGAAAGUCCCCAAAAGAGAUUCCCUGGAUGCUGCCAAAGCCAGCAAACUGCGUGGAGUGAAACCUAAAAAGGCCCCGGCAACACGGAAGACCACCGCCCGGCGGCCCAAGCCCACCCGGACCCCCAAUUCUGCAGCAUCCAGCGGCACGGCUGGACCCUCAGGCUCAGCUUCUGCCUCCGGUGGGGAGAUGAGCAGCAGCGAGCCCAGCACGCCUGCUCAGACACCGCUGGUGGCCCCGGUUAUUCCAACUCCCUCCCUGACCUCUCCGGUGCCACCUCUGGUUCCCUCACCCACAAAGAACAGCUCGGCAGAGUCCCAGUAUCUCCAUGAAGGCCAGGAGGAGGAAAAUUUGCGUUCUCAAGUCAGGGACCUGGAGGAGAAAUUGGAGACUCUGAAGAUAAAGCGAAAUGAAGACAAAGCGAAGCUUAAAGAGCUUGAGAAGUACAAGAUCCAGCUGGAGCAGGUGCAAGAAUGGAAGAGCAAAAUGCAAGAACAACAAGCUGAUCUCCAGAAACAUUUAAAGGAGGCCAAAAAGGAAGCCAAAGAUGCCUUGGAAGCCAAGGAGCGCUACAUGGAGGAGAUGGCAGACACUGCUGACGCAAUUGAAAUGGCAACUCUGGACAAGGAGAUGGCAGAAGAGCGAGCAGAGUCCCUGCAGCAGGAGGUGGACUCCCUGAAAGAGAAGGUGGAAUAUCUCACAAUGGACCUGGAGAUCUUGAAGCAUGAGAUUGAAGAGAAAGGCUCAGAUGGAGCAGCAUCCAGUUACCAAGUCAAACAGUUGGAAGAGCAAAACGCGAGACUCAAGGAAGCUCUUGUAAGGAUGCGGGACUUGUCUGCAUCAGAGAAGCAGGAACACGUGAAGCUUCAAAAGCAAAUGGAGAAGAAAAACACAGAGCUGGAGUCCCUGCGUCAGCAGAGAGAGAAGCUUCAGGAGGAGGUGAAGCAGGCAGAGAAAACAGUUGAUGAGCUAAAGGAGCAGGUGGAUGCUGCUUUGGGUGCUGAAGAGAUGGUGGAGACUCUGACGGAGAGAAACUUAGACCUGGAGGAGAAGGUCCGGGAGCUGCGCGAGACUGUCGGGGACCUGGAAGCCAUGAACGAGAUGAAUGACGAGCUGCAGGAAAAUGCCCGGGAGACAGAGCUGGAGUUACGGGAGCAGCUGGAUAUGGCAUCGGCGCGGGUCCGCGAGGCGGAGAAGCGUGUGGAGGCUGCGCAGGAGACCGUGGCCGACUACCAGCAGACCAUCAAAAAAUACAGAAAGCUGACUGCACACCUUCAGGAUGUGAACCGAGAACUCAUGAGUCAGCAAGAAGCGUCUGCUGAGAAGCAGCAGCAGCCUCCUCCCGAGAUGUUUGACUUCAAGAUUAAAUUUGCAGAGACGAAAGCCCAUGCUAAGGCCAUCGAGAUGGAGCUGCGCCAGAUGGAGGUGCAGCAGGCCAACCGGCACGUCUCCCUCCUCACAUCCUUCAUGCCCGACAGCUUCCUGCGCCACGGAGGGGACCAUGACUGCAUCCUGGUGCUGCUGCUCAUCCCUCGGCUUAUCUGCAAGGCUGAACUGAUCAGCAAACAGGCUCAGGAGAAGUUUGAUCUGAACGAAAACUGUGCAGAGCGCACCGGCCUCAGGGGCGCAGCGGGAGAGCAGCUGAGCUUUGCUGCCGGGCUGGUCUAUUCUCUGAGCCUCCUUCAGGCUACGCUGCACAAAUAUGAACAGGCCCUGAACAAAUGCAGCGUGGAGGUGUAUAAGAAGGUGGGGAUGCUAUAUCCCGAGAUGAGCGUCCACGAGCGCUCGCUGGACUUCCUGAUCGAGCUGCUGCACAAGGACCAGCUGGACGAGACGGUCAAUGUGGAGCCACUGACCAAAGCCAUCAAGUACUACCAGCAUCUGUACAGCAUCCACCUGGCUGACCAGGCUGAAGACUGCACGAUGCAGUUGGCCGACCACAUCAAGUUCACCCAGAGUGCCUUGGACUGCAUGGGGGUGGAGGUGUGCCGGCUGCGAUCCUUCCUCCAGGCUGGGCAGGAGGCAUCCGACCUUGCCAUCCUCCUCAAGGACUUGGAGACCUCGUGCAGUGAUAUUCGCCAGUUCUGCAAGAAGAUCAGGCGUCGCAUGCCUGGGACGGACGCUCCGGGUAUCCCUGCAGCACUGGGCUUCGGGCAGCAGGUGUCGGACACGCUCCUGGACUGCCGCAAGCACCUGACGUGGGUGGUGGCCGUGCUGCAGGAGGUGGCCGCUGCUGGGGCACAGAUGAUUGCUCCUCUGGCAGAGAACGAGGGGCUGCUGGCAGUGAAGCUGGAGGAUCUGGCCUUCAAAGCGAGCGAGCAGAUCUACGGCACCCAGGGCAUCAACCCCUAUGAGUGUCUGCGUCAGUCUUGCAGCAUCCUCAUCGCGACCAUGAACAAGAUGGCCACAGCUAUGCAAGAGGGAGAAUACGAUGCGGAUAGACCACAGACCAAGCCCACCCCACCUGCUGACCUACGGGCAGCAGCUCUUCGGGCAGAGAUCACCGAUGCUGAGGGGCUGGGGCUUAAGCUGGAGGACAGGGAGACAGUCAUCAAAGAACUGAAAAAGUCCCUCAAGAUCAAGGGCGAGGAGCUCAGCGAAGCAAACGUGCGGCUCAGCCUCCUAGAGAAGAAGCUGGACAGUGCAUCCAAGGAUGCAGAUGACCGUGUGGAAAAGAUACAGACGAAGCUGGAUGAGACCCAGACGCUGCUCAAAAAGAAAGAGAAGGAGUUUGAGGAGACCAUGGAUGCUCUGCAGGCAGAUAUCGACCAGCUGGAAUCAGAGAAGGUGGAGCUGAAGCAGCGCUUGAACAACCAGUCAAAGCGAACCAUCGAGGGCCUGCGCGGCACCCCUGCCUCUGGAGUUGCCUCCAUCGUGUCUGGCAUUGCCGGAGAGGAACAGCAGAGAGAUGUCGGUGCUGGCCAGGUGACGGGAGGCGGUUCAGGACCUGUCCAGGUGAAGGACUCACCUCUUCUUCUCGAGCAAAUUGAAGUCCUGCAGCAUUGCAUCAGGCACCUCAAGAAUGAGAACAGCCGGCUCAAGGGAGCCCAGAUGAGGAUGACGCUGGCCAGCCUGCCGCCUCUGCAGGUACCCAAGAUCUCCCUCCUCAACAACAGGCAGGGAGAAGGUCUGGGCGCACAGGCGCUGUAUCGCAAGGCCAACCAGCUCCUGCAAGCCAUCUAUCACAUGAGCGCCACCACCAAGGUUUUGGACAUGAAGCAGAUCAAGUCGGCAAGGAGCUCAUCAGCGUGGCUGGUGGAGUAUAAGUCCCGCCUGUUGUCCCUCAAAAACAGUGUCGACGCCCUAAAGGAUGAGGUAAUGAGAGAGAUCGUUCAGCAGCGCCCAGGUGCCAGCGUCCCCACCGACUUCGGCACCUUCCCCUCCUCCUCCUUCCUGAAGGCCAAGCGGGAGAAGGAGGAGGGCCUGGUGUUGUUCGGCAAAGUGACCUUCCCCUGCCAGCCGGGGCAGGGCCAAGUGCACAGGGUGCGCCUCACCCCCGAGCUGCUCCACCAGCUCCAGCGCCACUUCAUGUUCUAAGCCGGGAGCCCCCCCCCCGCACAGACUGAGGUUCAUUGCACCCCCCCUUCCCCACCCCCCUGCUGAGCGUCCCCUGCCAGAGCCCGGUGCUACCCCGGUACCGGCUCUGCCCUCCGCCCGGGGGGACCGGCCGCUUUUCCUCCCUCCCCCCCCCACGCGUGGGGCGGGAGCCGGAGCCGCUUGCCCCCCCCCCCCCCUUCCCUGCCGGGGGCUCCCAACCCUCCCGCCGCCGCUGCCAGCGCUGUCAGACACUACGAACCGCCGCCGCCCCCCCCGGGAACCCCCCCCGCGGGCGGUCUGGGCUGUACCGGGAGGGCGGCGGGA